AUGGGUAACAAGAGCAGCAAGUCUGUCAACAUCUCCACCCCCGGAAAGGGAGACGUCGCAGUCGACGAGAACAAUCACGUCGGAAAUGGCGACACUGGCAAAAAUGAAACCAACAACAUCAUUGAGGGGGCGAAGGAGCAAGUGAAGGAUCUGAUGAAGGAUAUUGCAAUAGAAGCCGUGAAGAAGGGCGAAGAAGUGAUGGCAGAAAAAGAAGCGGCGAAACCGAAGGAGAAGGAAAAUGAUGCUAAGGCCGAGACCAAGGAGGUGGCGAAGGACGAGACCGCUGAGCCGACCACUCCUGCCACCAAGGAGGGCGAAGAGGUCGACAAGAAAAAGGUCCAAAAGAAGCGAUCAAUCCGAAGCAGAUUAAGCUUUCUCAGCAAGGACAAGAAAGCCAAGAAGGAGAAACCCAAGCCUUCGUCGGAGAAUGGAAAGGAAUGGAAAGACAUGGAGCACCAGCAAAAGUCAAGCUCUCAAGAUAUACAGAAAGCUAUUCAAGAACUUGACACCAAUAAACCAACUGGAAUCGAUGGGAUCCCACCAAUUUUUUACAAAAUUUGUGCAGACUCACUGGUCCCUAUCCUCACGCUUUUGUUUAAUGAAUUUUUAUCCACUGGAGAAUAUCCUGAAGAACUGAAGCAAGCCGCCGUAUUUCCACUCUACAAAGGAAAAGGAAAAAGAUGUGAUCCUAAAUGUUAUCGGCCAAUCUCAAUUCUUUGCACAACAACAAAACUGUUCGAGUCUUGCAUAUAUCAUAGAAUUAUGCCAUUUAUGGAGAAAGAGGACAAAUUAAACCAUCAACAACACGGAUAUCGACCAUACCGAUCCACACAGAGUGCUAUCCUUAAAUUGACCAACGAGAUCCGGAACACUGGAGACGCGCGUGAAAUUUCAGGAGCAAUUUUUGUUGAUUUCUCUUCAGCUUUUGACAACAUUAUUCAUAGUCGUCUCUUACAAAAGAUGGAAUCAUUAGGAAUCACCGGAGAACUAAACAAAUGGUUUGCAGCUUAUUUCACUAAUCGAACCAUGUUGGUGAGAAGAGGAAAGAUGAAGUCUGCAGUUCACAAGCUCCUUCGAGGGACUAGCCAAGGUAGCAGCCUCUCUGGACUUAUCUUCGACAUUUAUGUCUACGACAUCCCAUGCUGUAUCAAAGAAUGCAGCAUUUAUCAAUAUGCAGACGAUCUCGUUCUGAUUGCCACAGGAAAGACGAUAAAUGAGAUCAACGAUAAAUUGCAAAGAGACCUCCAGAAUCUACAGGAUUGGUGCCAUCAAAAUGGGAUGGAAAUAAACAUUAAGAAAACACAAAGAGAGCUCGUGCAAGAGCAAAUCCUCCUCGGGCCACAAAUGCUUGGAAAGUAUCCUCGAUAUGAUUACAGUGAUUGGAUUGGACAGAAAAUCGGAGUCUUUGGGACGAAGGUUUCAAAAGUGGGAUCGAAUUUCAAAGUGCAUCUUCAACUUCAUCCGACUAUAAUGGAGGCUGUUGAUGCUGGAUUGUUGAAGUAG